CCUCAAGCCCUUUCCUGUGCCUGGGUGAGCAGGACACUUCUCCCCUCCGCUGCCGAGCUUCCGCCCGCCAUAUAUCGCCCUUCGCCCCCUCGACUCUCUCCACGCCGCACAGGUUGCUGUCGAUUGACCCCACCACCGCCGCAAUUUUGAGACAGCUUCCAGUCCGGCGGACUCGAGCCAUGGACGUCGAAUUCAGCGUGAUAGAGGUGCCGGGGGAGGCAAACCCUCUGACCGAGGGCAUUCUCUUCCAUGUCCUGCGCUCGGCGUCUUCGACGGACCCGACGCAGAUCCAGACUGGCACCAAGCAGCUGCAGGAGUGGGAAAAGGCGCAGGGCUACUACCCUUUGCUUCAGUCCGUCUUCCUCGACAAGUCCCUACCGUACGAGGUCCGCUACCUCGCCAUCAUCCAGCUGAAGAACGGCAUCGACAAAUACUGGCGCAAGACGGCAACCAACGCUGUGCACAAGCAGGACAAGGCAACGAUCCGGGCGAGGCUGCUUGAGAGCGCCGUCAAUGAGGCAGACCAGCGUCUAGCGCUACAAAAUGCCUUGGUGGUCGCGAAGAUUGUCCGCUUCGAGUUCCCGGUGGACUGGCCAGACCUCUUCCAACAGUUGCUCCAAAUCCUCCGCGCCUCCACGGAUCCGAAUGCUUUCCGCCUGCAACUACCUCGCACCCUCCUCGUGCUGCUAUACAUUGUGAAGGAGCUGUCCACGGGGCGCCUGCUAAGAACCCGGCAGAAUCUACAGAGUGUGACGCCGGAGAUAUUGAAUGUUCUCGGCACCAUCUACAUGAACAAGGUCCAGAGCUGGCAGGCUUUCUUCCGCGAUGGCGGAGACGACGAAGGCGGUGCCCUCGAGAACAUUGAGAACAGCCUGCUCGCCAUCAAGAUCCUGAGGCGGCUGAUCAUCGCAGGUUACGACUUUCCCGGGAGGGAGAAGGACGUCCAAGAAUUCUGGACACUGUCCCGGAGCCACUUCGCCGACUUUCUUCCAUACGUGAUGGAAGAAGGUUCCCCGCUUGCACCACCUGUCCGGAAGCUUGUAGAGAAGCACUUGAUGCAGCUCGCCAAAUUCCAUCUAGCAAUGGCCACAACGCACCCAGCGGACUUUGUCCUAUUACCGAAUUCUCUAGAUCUUGUUCAAGCCUACUGGAGUCUUGUCUCGCGACUUGGAGAGACGUGGGGCUCGAAGUCUCUGGACGGCGCCACGAUUGGCACCGACGGCGACCAAGAGGAUGAUGCCCCCAUCCUCGAGCGCUUAGGCUUGAAGGGUCUGCUUCUGAUUCGCGCCUGCAUUAGGAUGGUCUUCUAUCCAGCGAACACUUUCCGCUAUAAACAUCAACAAGAGAAAGACGAGCGCAACAAGGCCACGCAGAUGAUCAAGUCAGAGCUGCUCACUGAUGAUCUCGUCCGCGAAAUAAUUUCCGCUCUUGUCACACGCUUCUUCGUUUUCAGGCCGAGUGACCUACGCAUGUGGGAGGAAGAACCCGACGAGUGGGAGAAGAUGGAAGAGGGCGGGGAAGACUGGGAAUUCGCGAUCCGGCCUUGCGCAGAGAAACUGUUCCUAGACCUCGCAAAGAAUUUCAAAGAUUUGAUCAUCCAGCCUCUGCUUCAAGUCUUCCAUUCGGUUGCUACACCAGAGAACGAGGAUAUUCUCUUCAAAGACUCUGUAUACACCGCCAUUGGUCUGGCAGCCGACAUCCUCCACGAUCAGCUCGACUUCGAUUCGUUCAUCACCAACACUUUGGUUGCCGAGGCCCAGAAACAGAAGCCAGGAUUCAACAUCAUCCGCCGCCGCAUAGCUAUCAUCAUAUCCCAAUGGAUAGCUAUCAAGGUCGCGAAAGAGAAGAAACCGAUUGUCUAUCAGAUAUAUCAGCAUUUGCUGGACAAGAAUGAUCCGCUCAACGAUCAGGUCGUACGAGUUACCGCUGGAAGGAAGUUCAAGGACGUUGCUGACGAGUGGGAGUUCGAUGCAGAUAACUUCUUGCCGUACGCCCCUGUUAUGUUGGAGAGAUUAAUGGCGCUGGUGCAGGAAGUCGAGCUGCAAGAGACCAAGAUGGCGCUGCUCAAUACCAUUAGCAUCAUAGUCGAGAGGCUUGAACACCAUAUCACCCCAUAUGCUAAUAACAUCAUCUCCCUCCUUCCACCAUUAUGGGAACAGUCCGGCCAGGAGCAUCUCAUGAAGCAGGCCAUCCUCACAAUCCUCGCCCGCCUCACGAACGCCAUGAAGGCUGAGUCCCGCUCUUUCCACAUGUCCUUCCUUCCCAUCAUCCAGAGUGCCAUCGAGCCGGGCUCUGAAACCCAGGUCUACCUCCUCGAAGACGCGCUCGACCUCUGGUCAUCCAUACUCGCGCAGACACCCUCUGCUCCUGAACUUGCGCCUCCGCAACUAUUGAACCUACUCCAGUAUCUCCUCCCACUAUUUGCGAUGGACAACGAGACCCUUCGCAAAGCCAUCGAGAUUACCGAGGCGUAUCUGCUCCUUUCGCCGGCGUCCGUGUUGGCUGACAACUUCCGACCCGAGCUGCUCCGUGCGCUGGCAGAGCUGAUCGGCAAUUUGAAGCCAGAAGCCAGCGGCACGGUCUCGCAUCUCAUGCAAUGCAUUAUCCGCGGUGCCGAUGGUCUGGGUGGCGAGCAGGCUGUCAAAGUCCUCGUCGGCGAUCUUAUUUCCACCGGCUUCCUCGCGAAGAUCAUGGAAGGUCUCCAUGGCGCAUGGACGCACCACCAAUCUCACGGCCCGUACCGCGAGCUGCCCUCUCGUGCCGUCGACGGCGUCGUGGAAACAGACUACUUUACUGUCCUCGCACGGAUCGGGCUUGCGUCACCGGCAGUCCUUCUGGAAGCCUUGUCGUCGAUUGGUGGCGCAGAGUUGGAGAAGACGUUAGACUGGCUGCUGGAAGAGUGGUGCGGACAUAUUGAGAAUAUUGGCGAUCCGCCGAGUAAGAAGCUCAUGACGCUUGUGCUGACGCGACUGCUGGAGACGGGCGCGCCGUGGAUCCUGGGCCGGCUGCAGAGUCUGAUUGUCGUGUGGACGGAUGUGCUGGGCGAGCUGCUGGAUGGCAUGGAUGAUAUGAGCGCUGAUUCUCUCUACUGGCCCGAAGAACCCACGCCCUUCAUCCCGAACGAGCCCGAAGCCCCCGAAGACGCCCGCAAGCGCGAACUCAUCUACUCGGACCCCGUGCACCGCAUCAACCUCGUCGCCUUUGUGCGCGAGCACUUGCAGCAGGCUAUCCAAGGUGUGGGAGGCGAGCAGCAUUUCCAGGAGGAGUGGCUGAGCAGGGUGGAUAAGGAUGUGCUGAAGGGAUUUGGGGAUCUGAGGAUUAUGUGAGAGGUAUCUUCAAACACCCGUUAGCUGUUAGGAAGUACAUUCCCUGCGGCUGGACGAAGUGGGGAUAAAUUUGAAGGACACGGGCCGUGAGGCGAAGUUCAGGGGAACUUGUAUCUUUCGAGGCUGGGAGACUUACAAGAGGAAGCAUAAGACCUCCGUAGUCGCCGGACGUAUCAUGCUCCGAAAGAAAUGUCGCUGUGUAUCCAGUGUCUGUCAAGGGAGACCUAGAUAUAUGUACCG